AUGUUAGUUGAUAAAUUGUAAAUAAAAUAAAGUGUAUGGCCUGUGAACAAUUUAUUUUUUAUUUUUUGGCCCCUGACACCAAAAAAGUUGCUGACCCCUGGUCUAAUUUCAACCUUUUGUCUUAAUUUUUCAUGUUGUACAUUUUACUGGAUAGUGAUGUAUUGUUUUAUUUAUCAUACAUUUUAAAAUAUGAAAGUAAAGCUCAAAAUAAGUAUAUCACAGUAUUGCACUGCAGGAAAACAUUUUUAAUAUAUGUUUAUAAUUUUAUACUGGUGAUGAACUUUAGUUUUGAUGAAAACAAACUAAUUGAAAUUUGUUCCUAAUGAGUAAUUACAUUAUUGUUUUGAUUUUUGACUAAUUCACCACAUUGAGUUGUAUAAUUAUAUUAUAACAAGGGUGGCCAACUUUUAUGAGCUUUUGAUCGACCUCUAAGUUAAAUUAGGUUAUCACGAUCGACUAAAAACAGGUCGUUAAUAAUUAUAAAAUGUAUAAAAAAGUUUUUAAAAUUACACGAAGGAGUCGCAAUCGACUUGUUGGCUAUCCCUGCUGUGUUAGACAUGUUAUGAGAUAUUGUAAAAUUUUUAUAUGAAAAUAAUGAAAAAUUGUUUCGAAUGCGUUCAUCGAGUAGUUUGAACGUUUGAUAUGUUUAUGUGAAAUGUAAAUCAGGUACCUAUGCAAUUAUUGUUUUAUUACUGCAUUCUGAUAAUCGCUGUAGCAAUAUUUUUUCUUCUUUUUUUCUUUUUAGACUUAUACAUUUUUUUUUCUAUUAAUUCUUCAUUUACGUACUUUUAUUGACGUUUCUGUUAUUGCCGAACUAUUUCAAAUAUAUGUAUUUUGUUUAUCUACCCCAUUAGACGAUUAAUUUAAAUGUUGGUAGGUAUUUAUUAUUAUCAAUUAUACUUAUUAUAAUUUAAAACUUUCUUGUGCAGGAGAGAUACUUUAUCGUUUAUUCGUUUGUAGGGACAUCGUUAGGUAUUCAAAUUUGUUAUAACUAAUCUUGUGGUUUUUUAGUCGAUAUGAAAAAUUACUAGUUAAUGCGAUUGCUCCGCUCGAUUAACUGACGUUCAUUAGAACAACUCAAAUAAUAAUAAUUAAACUUUUUUAAUUAACUUAUUUUGCAUAUUAUUUAAAAUCUGUUUUGAUACAAACAUGUUUCGCGAACGCUUUGUAGAUUUUCAUUUCAAAAAUUAUUAACGCAUAUUUUUGCAUAUUUAAUACCUAUAUUUUAAAGAUUGUGCAUAUUUUUGUUUUUAUGAUACAUUUUUUUGUGCACAUAGUUAUUUCAAAGCAAUUUUUCUUAAGUAAACAAUAUAAACUUAACAAAAAAAUCAAUCAUCAAGUACCUAUAUAUAUUUAUUAAAACUAAAAAUAUGAACAAUACUGUUUUAUUUAUUCAUAUCAGUUUUAUCUUUGUUCGAACACCGACCCUCUUGGCGCGUUUUUUCAAUGACCAAAGGUCACCACGGCACGAGCCAUUAUCUGGUCGGCUGUGAUCGCCGCGACUUGUCGCCGUCGUUCUGGGUCGACGCGUCAACUUUGUCGCGGCGUCUUCACACCUUUGGCACUCUUUAGUCUUUACUUUUUCGCCCGACAUCGGUCGUGCGUGUUGUUGCCGCGGUACAUUUUCUUAUGCGUUUUAUGUGUGUUGUCCGGGGACAAUAAAAACCACGUGUCCUUUCAUUUUGGACUCCACGAAAGUUCGUGUUCAGACGAGCCAAGUUUAUUUAUUAUUAUUUGCUACAUCGUCAAGCGAGCCAUACGAUUAUCACGCCCGUGAAGAGUGCCAAUCGAAACUACCCACUACCAGAUCAGGCCAUAUACACGUAUUUAAUGAUAACAAGUAAUCGAUUGUUCGAAAUCUGGUCAGGGUCGACGGCAACGACGACGACGAUGAUGAUGACAACAACAACGGCCCGCGAUCGCUUCGAAAAACCAGUCACGAGUAUAAUAAUAAUAUGUACCUACCGACUGUACGUAUUGAAUAAUAUAAUAUUCACCUAACGAUUUAUCUUAUCGCGUACACGCACUCUGGUUCGGGGGCAGAACUCUAUGGCGUGCUCGAGGGAUACACUACACACGACUCAUAUUAUACCAGUAACCAGUGCGGUAACCCGAGCUCCCGUGUCGGUGGCGUUUGUUUAAUAUAGUGAGUUAACAUCACACCAAUCCACUUUUUCUACACUGGCUGCAUUCAAUUGCUGUCAAGUCUACAGUCAAGCUAAGAACUUUGAUGAUGCGACGUUUCUCGUUCGCUGUCGUUGUAGCCACAGCGUUAUGGCUACAGCAGACUGUCGAAACCGGCGGUAAGACAUCUGUCGUGCCCUCAUUUUGGUCGAACGUCACCGCCGAAUUUCCAUUUUUAGUGGGGUUGACCACCGGAGAAAAAGACGACGAAACGAACCGGCAAACCCUUAUUUGCUCAGGAACCUUGAUAUCUUCGACAUUCGUUUUAUCGUCAGCGUAUUGCACGUCGAGUUUGAUGACCACGGUCAAAUCGAAUUUGGACGGCUCUUCACUAAUCGCAUAUUGGAAAACACCUAGGAACUCCGUCAAGUACCACCGGACCAUAAGUGUUCACCCCCAUCCGUUAUACAACAAAGUCACACGCAUUUCCGACUUAUCGCUGGUAAAGCUAAAGAAGCCAUUCAAACAUGUUGAACAUUUCGUCGGGUUAUCGCCAAGAACGUUGAAAAGUGACGUUGAACUGAAUUGCGUAAUUGUAGGGAUAGGUGCGCCCCAUGAACGAGGUUAUAAGGUCCCAGUUCGUGUAAAAUAUGGCCGCACCGCUUGCCGGAUUCCAAAAUCAAACCCUAGUCUCGAGUUUGUGAUCGGCUACACUUGGGCGGAUUUCUUGUGUGCAGAGACGAUAGGCCCAGGAGUUACGCGAUUGCCGUGUGACCGGUCUGACCCACUGCUGUGCUCCAGCGGUCGGCAUCAGUAUGGAAUCUUUAGCUAUGGGUACGACGGCACAGAUGCGUCUCUGGCGACAAUUGAGUGCGGUGAUUCGGCUGUCCAGGGCAGACUCUUGUUUGUCAAUAGGCACGCUGGCUGGAUUUCUGACACGAUGACGAAAGAGGGCGACGAUGACGGCUCAUGGCAGUUCGGAAAAAAUGGCAGAACAACAACGAGGCAUCGUCACACCACGCAGCCACGAUCGACAACCAACUCGACUCAAGCAGCAGUGCCGCACGUAACCAGCACGGCCCGUCCGGUCCGACCAGAAAUCGACUACCCGUAUCUGGUAUACUUGGAAGGUCGGUUUGACGAACCGGUGUGUGGCGGUACUCUAAUAACACCCUGGCACGUUCUCACGACCGCUUACUGUACGACGAGGAUGACCGAAAUCGUGGUAACCGUUACAGCACAUCAUAGACAACACGCAAACGCAAGACUCGUUUACAUUCAUCCAGAUUUUGACUCGUACACACUGACCGCGGACAUCAGCAUCGUAGUUUUACGCGAACCGUUAAACGUGAUUAGGUACGCACAGCUGCCAGAUAUUAUCAGUGACCCGAUCAACGACAACUCCACUACCAAAGCGCUGAAUUGCGUGGUGGUGGCGAGAAGAUGGAUGACACCCUAUUACAUUACGGUCAAUGUUAUGUACGGGCUCAAAGCUUGUCGGGAAUCAUUCGAUUCGGAAAUUCAGACGACCGUCAACAAGACUUGGCGCGAGUUCAUCUGUGGAAUGCCCAAUCAAGAACUUCGGAACGACACGGGGGAUCCGUUAAUUUGCAACGGAUUUCAGUACGGCAUAAUUAGUCACGCGUAUCGGACCAAGAUGCAAGCCUCCGAAACCGGAAGUAUCGAUCAUCAAGUGCGUUUCUUGAUAGUUGACUAUCACAGAGAGUGGAUCUACGGCGUGAUCGCGGCUGAUAAUCAAAUCGACACUAACGAUGGAAGUCCAUACGCAUUCCCUAGACUCUUGAUCAGCCUAGUUCUACCACUGCUAACAAUCGUACUCCAAUUAUUGUCACAGUUAAGGUAGAGGAAUCGUUCGAUGACAACAGGUAAGAACAUACAUUUUGUGUAAUAAGAACAUCUGGUGUUUACUGUAUACCAGAAAAGACGCAAUUAAAGCUAAAAAAAACACGUUACACAACUUAGUGAGUGACAAAUAAAUAUACAUCAUAAAAAUGUCAUCGAAAAAAGUUGUUUUGGAAGUAGUACGUCAUACAAAAAAAAAUAAUUUGGGUACCUAACCUUUGAAAAAUUCGAAAAGUUUUAAUUUUUUUAUUGUUUAUUUAUUUAUGUUUUAUUUUAAUGUUCGUCAUAACAAGUAUUGGCUAAAUAACAUCCAAUUAUUGUCGAUUAUAAGUUAAAAAUAUUGUUUAAAAGUGCUGUGUUUGACUCAACGGUGUUAGUAGUAUGUUUUAGUCGGUUCCGUAUCCCCCGCAAAUCCAGGAGAUCCAGGUACUCCGCCCUCCCUAUCGUGCGCGUGCCAUGCCUAUCGCGGCCAUGCCCCUCCAUGUCGUGCCCGGCCUUACCCCUCCAUGCUGU